AUGUCGAGUGAUGAUAAAAACAAACCUAGUGAACCCAAGAAUGAGCCCAAGCAAUGUGAUCCCAGGUGUGAACAAAGGUGUGAGACUAAAUGCCAGCCCAGCUGUUUAAAGAAGCUGCUGCAACGGUGCUCUGAAAAGUGCCCACAGGAAAAGUGCCCAGCACCACCAAAGUGCCCAUGUCCCCCAUGCCCCCCACUCUGCCCUCCACCAUGCCCCUGCCCAGCUCCCUGUCCUCCCAAGACAUGUUCCUGUCUUCCUAAAUGCCCACAGCCCUGCCCACCCCCAGAGUGA